GUCUUGUCAUUGUCAUUUGUCAAACGAAAAAAAACGAGCGAAAAUAAUCUAAAUUUUAGAAAAGCAAGCAACUUUUAUUAAUAUACAAAACUUGAUUCCUGUAAGUCUAAACAUAGUAUUAAGUGAAAUAAUCAGCAUAAAUGGUUAUUCUCGCAAUCAUUUUCGUGUGCUAAUCUGAAAUGUAAUACAGUAAACGUAGUCUGCGCCAUGCCAUCCAAAACAAGAAGCGCUAGAGCUACAAAGGCUUCGAAAGAAAACAUAAGUGUAGUAAGAACAACUAAAGCGUCUAAAGUGACGGGUAAAGCUUUGAAAGCGAGAAAACCUUUAGCGGAUAAAACGAAUUCGGCGUCCGAUGAUAAUGCUUCACUUUCAGAAAAACUUACAAAUCCUGUAGGAAGUGUGACUAAUAAGAAAAUAAAAGAUGUUUGCGAGGACUAUACGGCAAGACCGCGUCGCGCUCGAUGUCUACCAACUCGGUAUAAGGAUAAUAGUACCUUAGUGAAUCUAUCAAACAGUUUAAUUUCAUCACCAACUAAAGUAGAAUCUCCAGGAUUUCAAAUUUCUGAACCACUAACAAAGUCUAAAGUUGGCAACAAACCAGUAACGCAGAAUCCAGCAUGUAAAGCGACAGUUUUAGCUAAAAAGAAAACAUCACCAGUGAAAAAGGUAAACUUGUUAACACUAACUAAAAGUCCUGUUAAAACUCUCGAUUGUAGCUUAGUGAACAACAGGCCAAAGAGAAUUUGUCGGCUCCCAACCAAAUAUGAAGACCACUCAGUUAGCCCUAACAAGUAUGUACCAUUACAACCUAUUAAUGCUAGUACCCCUUUAGCAACUAAGACCAAGAAGAUAAACAAAGAAAAUGGUGAAGAUUCUUUAAAUGUUUCACCAGUAUUGCACAAGAAAGCUCCUAGACAAAGAGCUCUGAAAAACAAUGAAAUACAAAAGAUUAUUGCUGAUCCUAACAAUAAUGCCAAAAAGAACAAAGAUAAGAAAUCACCAAAUACAUCAGUUAGCACACCUGACAAAAUAUUUAAAGCAAGGGCUUCAGAAAAAGCCACAAACAAAAACACAUCUAUAAGAUUAUUGGAUGAUAAGAAUAGGCGAAAAAGAGACUCAAGUAAACUUGAUGUAUAUGAAUUCACUUUUGAUCCUGAUGAAGAACCUCGUCCAGCUAAGAAAAAGAAGAAGCAGGCUCCAAGGAAACCUAAACCUAAAACUGGGAAAACUAAACCUCAGACUGUUACUAUAAAGACUAAUUAUGACAAGAAUCUAGCUAAAGCUCUGGCUGCAUUGAAAAAUGUUGUCUCAUCAAAAUCUAAUACUGACACAGUCAAACAAAAUCAAGAAGUAGCAACGACUGUUAAAGAAAAUGUUAAGAAUGUUGUUAACAAUCUCAUAACAAAAUCACCUGUCCACAUUAAUAAUUUCAGUUCAGUUGCAGAUCACAGUGAGGCUGCAGAAAAAAAUUAUAAUUCAGUCAGAGUAGAAGACAUUGCUCGUGAUUUUCAAAUUAUGGAAGAUGAUCAUUCUUUUGAUUAUUCACCUGUUAACUCACCAUGCCGACCAAAAACACCUGUGAAUGAAAAUAAUUGUAAUACCAAUAAAGACCAGAGCAACAUUGCUGAUCCUCUUAACUUACGUGAAGAUGUAAGUUUCUUUGAUGAAGUUCCUGUAGCCUGUAGCAGUAUGAAUGUAUCUGUGAGACAUCCUCAGGCUAGUCCUUGGAGGGCAGAGUUUGGUAGUUUACCUAUCAAGUGGCAGGUCAACACAUAUGUCAAAUCGAAUAUGACACCAGCAUUUGAAAGCUCAUUUAUUAAUUUCAAUGAUGACAAUAGUAAGAAAAAGCAUGUGUACACAAACAUGGUGCCAGAAGUAAAUGAUCCAUUACCUCAAGUAGAUAAUACCUCCAAUUUGAAACAGACAAGUAUUAUAUCCUUCAUUAAAGAAGUUGUUGAGAGAAAUGCAAAUAAAAAGAACAAAAAAUCAACUCCUGUUAAAACUAAUUCUCUAUUUGAAGAUUUAAGGAGCACAUCUAUUGUACAUAAGACUCCUAAUAAAGAAACUCCAUUGAAAGAUAAUGAUGUUCAAAUAACUCCACAUUCAAAUGAAUACCAGAAUAAUGCUAGUGAUGUAUCAAGCGAAAAAGAACCAUCAACUAAUAAAGAAAACAGUAUAGAAACUAUUAAAACACCAAAUGGAAAUAAAAAUGCAAAUAGAAAUAAUACAUAUUUUGGUUUCGAUGAUACAGAAGACCAGGAAAAUGUUUUACCAAUCAAGAUUAACAGCAAAGCUAAGUCAUUAAGGUCACGCACAAGAGGCAUUCUUCAAGAAAUAAACACACUUAAAGGUCCAACUAGAGCAAUUUCACCAGUUGCUGCCAAGUCAAAGCCUAGAUAUAGAAAUGAAAUUAAGCAUGCAACAGAACCUCCAGUAUUCCCUCAAGUUGCAGUUUCUAAAAACAAUACAAAUACACAAGAAUCAUGUUUGCCAGAUAAUUUGACAAAUACUGACGACCAGUCUGUGCAUUUGUUUGAAGAUUUAGAUUUGUUAGAGAUACACCAUCCCAAGCCCAGCCGAAAAAGUUAUGGCAAGGCCAAAAAGGUUGCGUUUGUCCAGAAACGUGGACUCAGCUCUGAUGACAGCUCAAUCAGUGAUGCUGAACCGCAGACUGACAGAGCCGCAGUCUCAAGUGAUGAGGACAAUUUAGAUGAUCUGUCAUUCAAGUUGCCUUCAGAGAAACCUAAAAGAACAAAUAAAAAGAAGAAACCUAAAAAACAGUUGUCCAAAAAGGAGGAAAAAGAGGUGGAAGCAUGGGCAGCCGGUUUUAACUCAAUGUGUGAAGACAUAGAUGGAUUCGAUCUAGUUGUUGAAUAAGGUUUUAAAUUGUGUUUUACUUUUAAUUAAUCGAGAUUAUUUAAUUUUUUAUUUGAUUAAGUUUUACUUCAUUUAAUUUUACAACAAUAAUGUGCGGAUUCAAAAAUAAGUAUAUGAUUAGAGUAAGCGUAAGGUCAAACUAGCGCGUCCAGUGUGCCUAGUGGCAGUUUGAUACUGUGACGAUCGCGUAAACGUAAACGCGAAUUUCUAAGGACUUGAAACAGCGCCAUCUAGUAGCACUACUGCACAACUCUUUCAAUUUCUUAGAAAUUCGUGGCGAUCAGAAGUGUGAAAUAUCCAGCGCAUAAAUUAGUCCUCGUCUGCGCGGAACAGUGGUGCGAGGCAGUCAUAUAGCCACCUUGGAGACAAACUUAUGAUAUUUUAAUGUUUGAAGUUGUUGACCGUUUUUUAACCGUUUUAACCGUUCAACUACACAAACCUGCAUUUUCAGGGAGCUCUUUACACGAUGAAAACGAUUACAAUAAUGAAAUGAAACAUCGAUUUUACAGAAAAAGUUUUUAUAAACGUGUUAGAUUUUUGAUCUUAUAUUUUGACAGAGGAAUAACGUCUAGCGAGUCAAGUCCCGAUCUAAUUCGAUCUAAAGUGAAAAAAUGAAGAAUGCGUCUUCUUUAUACCGUGGUAUAAAGAAGGCGCAAUGCAAAUGCAUUGCCUACUCCGAAAACCUAUAUGGGGGAAAAAAUUUCGUUUUGUAUAAUCUGUGCGUACUCUAGUUAAAUAUCUUUUGCCACUGUUUAUACCCCCGCACCCCUGACCCCGCGCGGGCUAGAGCUCGUUUAUGUGCAAACUAAACAAUGUAUCCUAUAUUUUAUUGAAUCUCCUGAGACCAGUUAGGAGUAUAUUGUGUUGCCAUUUUAUUUUACUAUGUACAAAAUCGUGUCUCAAAAACGUAUUUUAUUUAAGCUACUAAAAAUAAUGUUUUAAUUUUAAUAUAUUAUGGAUUAAGUUACAUUUUUAAGACGCAGGAAUUUCGUCUUGUAUUUUGUUGUCCGAUUGAAAUGUUUUAUUUAUCGCGUUUUAUAUUAUAAUAUGACAUGACUAUCCUUGGCCCCUAGAGUGUACCUCUAAAUAUAUAUAUAUAUUCAUGACCAUACUGCUUCAAUUUUGUAUGUAAUGUUCAGGGGGAUUCAGACAAAAUUAUGUAUGUAGUGAACCGUGGUGUUUAAAAAAAAAGAAGAAUGAAAGAAUAAAAGUUUAUUAAAAUAAACCAAAACAGGAACAAAAUAGGUUAGGCACCUAUUUGCAAUGUGCCACUGUAUAUUAAUUAUCUAUCAUUUAUUUCAUAACACUAAUGAAUAACAGAUGAGGAAAUAUAUUUCUAAUGCCAGAUCUUAGACCAAUAUAUAUUUUUCUGAGGCCUAAGGAAGUAUUACAGGAUUUUUAUCUUCACGCUUUGACAGUCUGUCUAGCUACUUAAAGAGUAUGCAGAAUUUUGUAGCUUAUAGACUACCAUGUAUUCUCAGUAAGUAAAUAUGACAAUGUUAAGUAAAUAUUAAUUUUAUUUUCAACAUAAUUUUAUAUGGGACAUAACUAGAAUAACAUGAGACUAAAAUUUAACAAUUAAGUUUAAAAUGAAUAAAUGUAUAUUUUUUUCAACAA